CUAUCCUUCAGUUGCACCAGUAGACACAUGGAAGUACAGUACAAUCGAGAAACCGUGGAUCUAAUCUCACAGCGCUGCACCAUUUCCACCGAGACGAAUUUGGAUUAUAUGUUCAGUAUGACUUUCGAGGAACCAAACGGGGAAUAUUCUCAAGAAAGAAUGGAUUCAGUGGCAAAAGCUUUGGAGGAAGUGCUCACGUCGGCAUUGCCGCAGGGAUGUAUCACGGUUGGAGUCUACGAGGCUGCUAAGUCGCUCAAUGUAGACCCAGAUAAUGUCGUCCUGUGCAUCCUGGCCACGGACGGCGAGGAUGUGAAAGACGUGGCCCUACAGAUCCACUUCACCCUUAUUCAGGCCUUCUGCUGCGAAAACGACAUAAACAUCCUGCGAGUGAACAACACACAGCGUCUGGCCCAGAUCCUGUGCGGAGGAGGAGGCCCAGAGAGGGGGAGGCAGAGCGGAGGAGAGCCCAUGGACCUGCACUGCGUCCUGGUCACGAGUCCACAUUCAAACACAUGGAAGGACCCGGCGCUUAGCAAGGUCAACCGCUUCUGCAGAGAGAGCCGCUGCAUGGACCAAUGGGUGCCCAUAAUUAACCUGCCCGAUCGAUGAAACGUACCCCAAAAAACCAAAGCUGGACGUAUUAUUAUUAUAUCUCCGCCAGAAACAGCGCGGUAACAGACACUUUACCGCUACAAAGAUCAAAUCCCACGCAGAGCUGAGACGGAGAAACAAGAAAAUGUGACAAAAAAAGCAAACUUGAUGGAUUCCCAUUAGUUUUGGGGUCUGUCAGCCACCGUAGUUAAGAGGGCGGAAGGAGCGUGUGUGCCUUUUGAAACCGGACACUGUACAGAAGGACGGAUCAUGUGAUGGUUGCCGGGGAAAAUGCAAAAAAAUAUAUAUGAGGGGCCCCGAAAGAAUGGCCCCUCUCUCACUGCAUAAAGCACUUGUGAAACACUGGACUACUGCAUCGUUUGAUUGUUAAUGUUGAUAUUAUUGUAAUUUAAAAAGGGAAGGGCUAUGCAUCCAGUGAAGACAUUCUGUGUUUUUUCCCAUAUGAACUGUUUUUCUUGACGCUAUUAUUAUUAUUA